AUGGAAGAGCUAAACGUCGAUGAGAUUAUUCAUAAUAUCCAAAACGCCAUUCCUAUUAGCCAAGACCAGAUCAUUAGCCUAAUAAAGAAAUCUAUGGACAUUAUUUUGGCAGAAAGUAACUUAUUAGAACUUAAGUCUCCAAUCAUUUUCUGCGGUGAUAUUCAUGGCCAGCUAGAAGAUCUUUUUGAAUUAUUCAGAGUAGCAGGAGGUGAAGAAAACAACCAAUUUCUUUUUAUGGGCGAUUACGUUGACCGAGGUUAUUAUUCAAUUGACACAAUAUGCUACUUGUUAGCUUGGAAGAUUAAAACAGGCAGAAUUUAUCUUCUUAGAGGCAACCACGAAGAUAAAAACAUUAAUUCAGUUUAUGGCUUUUUUGAUGAAUGCCAGAAGCACUUCUUUGGAAAUCAGAUAUAUGAGAUGUUUAAUAUGUUAUUUAAUUGCUUACCUCUUGCAGCUUUAACUGAUGGAAAAGUUUUAAGUAUCCACGGUGGAUUGUCGCCCGAGCUUGUUUACAUCAGAAAAAUUAAUACAAUAGAUCGAGUCUGCGAUAUACCAAAAACCGGAUGA